AUGAAGUUCCACGAACGACGAACGAUCGCGAAAAAACGACACUCGAGCGUAUCUGUGUUAGAGUGGAAAGAAGAUUUGGUUGAGGUUGAAGGGAUGAAAAGAGACUCGUACUUGGUAAAAUCGUUGUUUGAAGGUAUGAAUUUGAUCUCGGGUGACGGGGGAAACGGGGACAAAGAUGGAAAUGAGAGGGAAAAGGAGGAUGGCUUUGAGGAUGAAGACGGGGAUGAGGACGAAAGGGGAGUUGGAGAUAAGAAGGAAAGUGAGGACGGACCUGAAGAUUAUCCUGUUGAACUUGACCUCCAGGACGAGCAGUAUCAUCAUCGAUCAUUGUCAAAUACGAUUUUCUCUUCGCUUGAAGACGCUUUUUCGUCCGAUGAAGACGAGGAUGAUCUCAUUGUGAUUCCGAAAUACCCUAAAGAUGAGGACGACGACCACCAUAACAAUGACGAUGACGAUGACGAUGACGAUGAGGAAUUUCUUCAGAUCCCGAUAUCACCAUGGUUUGUCGAUCUUCCUACCAAAUCCUCACCAUUUGAAAACAUCUUGAAACCACUCAAAGACAAAAUCAAGAUUGAUUCCCGAACCAAUACCGAUAUCGAUAUUCAACAGAAAGAGGAGAUGGAUCGAGAGCAAGAAGAAACUCGUCGAACAUAUCAUGAUCUCUAUCCACCGAUAUACCAUGAAAAGAAGCCAAUCCCUCUUAGGGAUCCGUGGAGGUUGAGAUCCCCUGUUCAAAAGUAUCACUACCAUUAUACAAUCUGUUAG